GAAUAAACAGUAAAAGGAACUUGGUCCAAAGGCAAAAUAAAAAAAUUACAGGCUUUUGGUCGCCGCUUUGGUUUUAUAUAUGAAAGUUGGUUUGGAAUUCGUGUGUUUUAUCGUCUUAGAUCUCUGUGCCCCUGAAUUUUCAAGUUAGAAGUCCUCAGUGCUCUUAACUUCCAUGGCUACAUCAACAAAGUAGUACUUUUCUUCUCACAUGUAUGCAGUUGUCACUGGUUCAAACAAAGGGAUUGGAUUUGAAACAGUAAGGCAGUUGGCUUCCAAUGGGAUUACAGUGGUGUUAACAGCGAGAGAUGAAAAGAGGGGUCUUGAAGCUCUUGAUAAACUCAAGCAGUAUGCUCUGCCUGGGAUUGUGGUCUUUCAUCAGCUUGAUGUGGCGGACCCUGCUAGCAUUGCUUCCCUUGCUGAUUUCGUCAAGACCCACUUCGGAAAACUUGAUAUUCUGGUGAACAAUGCCGGAGUUGGUGGAGGCAUAAUUAAUGAAGAGGCUUUGAGGACAACACCAAAGGUAGGUGGCCAAAUAAACUGGAGAGUUAUCGUGAGUCAAAAUUAUGAAUUGGCUGAAGAAUGCCUGAAAAUAAAUUAUUACGGUGCUAGAAGAAUGACCGAAGCAUUCAUUCCCCUGCUUGAGCUUUCUGAUUCACCGAGGAUCGUCAAUGUUUCUUCCUCCAUGGGGAUGCUGAAGGGUAUACCAAAUGAAUGGGCUAGAGGAGUGCUAAGUGAUACUGGAAACCUGACUGAAGAAAGAGUUGAUGAGGUACUGAAUCAGUAUUUGAAAGAUAUUACAGAAGGUUCAGAAGAAACGAAAGGCUGGCCUACUUUUAUGUCUGCGUAUGUUCUAUCGAAAGCAGCACUGAAUGCGUACACAAGGAUCGUGGCCAAGAAGUGCCCUACAUUCUGCGCCAAUAGCGUCUGCCCUGGCUAUGUGAAAACAGAUAUCAACAAGAACAACGGUAUCUUACCUGUUGAAGAAGGGGCAGAGAGUCCCGUGAGGUUGGCAUUGUUGCCAAAUGGCAGUCCUUCUGGUCUCUUCUUCGUUCGGAAGGAAGAGUCUGCAUUUUGAGUGUGUCGGGUUUAUUUAAACUAAGACAGAUUAAACUUGAAAGCGAUUUAUUUCCUUCAAGUUGUCAUGAAUAAGGCCUCAAAUCCCACCCGUAUGUCAUGUAUCAGGUUUGUGACAGAUUUUACAGUCAAGUGAUGCAUAUGGUUAGUGAUUUUAAUCUUGCACAAUGCGCGACGGAUUUAUAUAUCCUGUGAUGAUGAAUGUAGAGACAGUGAACAAAACAAUGCUUAGUAACAGCAAGUUUUAAUGGAUCUUUUAGCAGUCAAUUCAGGCUUCUGUUUGUCCUGAAAGUAUGAUAUCCUUAUGAGGAA